AUGCCUCGUAGAGGGGGUACUGCAGGGUACCGCCGGAACGAACUGCCUUAUGUGAAUGACCGUGAGAGCUUAGAUUGCCAAUGCGCGACAUCAGGCGACAUCGUGGGCGCAUGCCCCAACGGCAAGCUGUCUGUCCUUGUCGCCGACCGCUGUGGACACGGUAUGCACCGCCUCCGCGGUCUCUCGACAAGCUGCUUGCGUUUCACCGCAUAUAACAGCGCCAGAGCCAAUCUACCGCGUUCUCGUCCCAUCACCAACGGCUCGAACAACGGAGGGCAGAAUCGCGGCGGUGCCCGUAGCAAAGCUGGCGGUGGCGGUAAUCGUGGAAGUCCACUUACUCCUGCAGGACGUGGGAGCCCUGUUCCAGGCCGUCGCGGGCAAGCCGCAUCCCCAGGGAUCACAUCUACGGCCUCUAUCGCUCCAUCCAUGACGGGAUCUAGCGGCGGAGGCCGCGGAGGAGGAGGCUCUGGCUUCGCGGGGGGACGCGGACAAAGGGGCGCACCACGUGGAGGCGACUUCGGCCGCGGUGGGGGCGGCGGAGGUGGGCGCGGGGGCGGUCCUCCUCCUGGUGAAGUCUUCGAGGGAGCUGGGCCUGCGAAGGUCGACGAUCGUCUGGCCACCAUAGAUCAGCUCAUCACCGCAUUUAAAAAGCUGCAAGCCCGCAAUGAGAUGCCUCGCCGGCCUGGCUUUGGUACGCUGGGCAGACCGCAGCUGCUGCGGGCGAAUUUCUUCGCUUUGAAGACGACCAAGAAAACAAUCUACGAUUAUCAGGUGGUCAUUGAACCCGAGGUGCAAGCCCGGAGCGAAAAUAUGGCCCGUAUUUUUCAGUCCUUGGAGGAACAUCCUGAGUACAAACCGCAUGCAGGUUACAUCGCUCAUGACCGGGCACAGAGACUCGUUUCCGCAGUAAAGUUGCCUCAGCCACUGUCUGUCCAUGUGCGAAUGGAGGAAGAAAAGAAGCAGGAUGCUCGGGCUCAUAGCAAGGGAGGAGAGAAACAAAAUGCUCAGGUUCAUAACAAGGAAGGAGGCAAAGAUCAUGCCCCUCAACAGAACCCGAGAGAAUUCAUCGUGAACAUAAAGUUUCUGCGGGAGCUCGACAUGACUCCAUUAAAUGAGCACAUGGAUGGCCGUCCCGAAUUGGAGAAUCUCGACAAAUCUCCCCUCGUCUCAGCAUUGAAUCUGGUCGUACAAGAACACGCUCAAAGGAAUGGCAUUCGCGUCGGGCAGCAUGACAUUCGCGUCGGGCACCGCUAUUUCUUCAGAGGUUCAUCCGAUCACCAGGGCUUAAGUUCUGUCAUUGAGGCCUGGAGAGGAUUCUUCGUCUCCGUUCGCCCCAUGUACAAGCAGCUCAUGGUCAACGUGAACGUCUGUAUGACCGCAUUCUUUGUUCCGGGCAAUCUCGCUACAGCGAUGUCGAAGUUUUCGCACAAAGGCAAAGAUCGUAUGCGGAUGGAGUUCGUACAGAGGGUGAAGGUGGCGACCGCUCAUCUGGGAUAUACGAGGAAGAAAUCCAUCCUGCGUAUCAUGAGCGAACCACCCAGAAAGCUCAGCUUCGAGUGCGAGGAGCUCGGGGGAGAGGUCACCGUUGAAGACUAUUUCAAGCGCAAGUAUAACAUCAAACUUCUCUAUCCUGAUCUGCCCGCGGUCGACAUUGGUAGCAAGGAGAAACCAAACUUGAUCCCGCCUGAGCUCUGCGAGAUCUACGAGGGUCAGCCUGUCCGGGGCAAGCUCAGCGUUACAGACACGGCUGAGAUGAUCAAGUAUGCGUGUAACCCUCCAAUCGUCAAUGCGCAUGCCAUCCGUGACCAAGGCAUGCCGAGUCUUGGCUUAAACCCCCCCGCUACUACUCUCAAAGCAUUCGGGCUGUCGGUCUCUACCAAUAUGGUGGUCAUACCGAGUCGCGUCCUCCCAACACCGGGUGUCGUCUACCAGACGGGCACGCGCAGCCCUCGUGAUGGCAGCUGGAAUCUUAUGGAUGUGAAGUUCCAUAAGGGCGCGGAUAUGUCGAAUUGGGCAGUGUUGUUGAUCCACGGAGGUCGCCGCGACGAGUUUUUUGGACCGAAGGACCCAGAGCUGAUGCCCUUCCUCAAUAGGUUUGCAGAUAUGUGUAGGUCGAGUGGAAUCAGUGUUGGUCGGAGCGCUCCAAGGAUCAUGGCUACUGAAAGAUUGCCUCCGCCUGACCGAGACCCUCACAGGCGGCAAGCAUUAGAGCAGAUUCGCCAGACAUUGGUCACGAACCUGGGUUCCAAGAAGAAGCCGAGCUUCAUCCUCGUCCUCCUGUCCGGUCUCGACAAUGACAUCUAUCCUGGGAUCAAACGGCUCGGCGACGUCGAUCUCGGCAUACAUACUGUACACAUGCUUCUCGACAAGGCUCGCGGUGACCCUAGUAGGCCGAAUAAACAAGAUCGGUAUUUCUCGAACGUCGCUCUUAAGGUAAACAUCAAGCUCGGUGGCAUCAAUCACAUGCUAGACCCGAAGGCGAUGAGCUGGUUGACAAAGUCGAAAACGAUGCUUGUCGGAAUUGAUGUGACACACCCGGGAUCCACAAGCUCGAAGGGAACGCCCUCGAUUGCCGCGGUUGUGGCUAGCGUUGACGACAAGUUCGUCCAUUAUCCUGCAAGUUACUCACUUCAGAAACCUGACUGGAAUAAGGAUGCGAAGGAGCUGGUAGAGAAUCUCUCAAAGAUGAUGGUCGAGCGUCUCGAACUCUGGCGAAAGAGGAAUGGCUCGCUUCCAGAUCGCAUCAUUAUCUUCCGUGAUGGCGUUUCAGAUAGUCAAUAUCGUCUUGUCAUUCAAGAGGAACUGCCGCGGAUUCUGGACGCGUUCAAACGUGUUUCUCCGCGCACCACGUACCGACCCAAACUCACCAUUACCAUCUGCGGCAAGCGCCAUAACGCUAGGUUCUUCCCAACGGAUCUGAAGGACGCGUCGAAGAACGGCAACCCGCUGCCUGGUACGGUCAUCGACAAAGGAAUCACGGACAUCUAUGGUUUCGACUACUAUCUACAGGCGCACUCGGGACUGCAGGGUCACGCUCGGCCCACGCACUACUACGUCGUCUACGAUGACUCCCACUUCAGCGCGGAUGUGCUGCAGCAAGGCACUCACACUGCCAGUUACCACUACGCGCGUGCCACCACGGCCGUCAGCUUGGUCCCUCCCGCGUACUAUGCUGAGCUCGCAUGCGAAAGGUCGAGGUGUUAUCUGAACAAUGUACUCAAUCCGGUCAACGAGCAGCCGGCGGCAGGAGAGAAGAAGCCCGGCCGGAUCACCGAAGAGAAGGAGAGACAGCGUAACUUCGAUGAAGCGGUCAAGAUCUGGGGCAAUGGAAUCCAUGACGAUAUCAAGGAGUCGAUGUUUUAUAUCUGAGUUUUGGAUGUUGAGCAUGUACAACAAGGUGUGCUUGUAUACUGAUUUGUUUUGACUGCUUUCAUGCAUAGCAUGUCGGAUUUUUUUGUGCGCCUGCAAAGGAGCAUGCUUAGAUAUGUACUGCUACUACGGAUGUACUCAUAGAUUGUGGUCCAUGGGACCAAAGAAUGGAACUAGCCUCUCUUCUCAUGUGGCCU